AGGUCCUGGGCAGGGGCUCCUACCACGUCGCGGAGGCACAGGUCGUGGCCGACGACGCCGACCGGGUCCGGGGCUUCGACACCGUGAGGUGGCCAGCGCUGAGCGUGCGGCAGGAGUUCGUCGUCGUCGAGCCGCUUCGUCUGCUGUCGGGCCUCCUGGGCCCGAUGCUGCUCCCGCCAUGGCACUCCUUCAGGCUGCAGGUGGGCGGCGGCAGCGGGUCGUACUCCUUCGCGCUGAGGGACGUGCGGCCCGCGGGCUGCCUCUCCGUGUCCGAGGGCGGCGUGGUGCAGGCCGACGGGCAAAUCGGCGAGGCCACCCUGUUUGUCGCAGACGCGCGCAGUGCGUCGAACAGCCUGACGCUGAGGGUGCUCGUCCGACGCGUCGAAGGCCUGGUUCUGCGGCCGCCCUACAUGCAGCUCCAGCUGCCCGAGGGUGCCGCCGACGGCGUGCCGGUGCCCAUCUACGCGCGGCCCGAGGCGGCCGGAGAGGAAGGUGCGGAUCCCUUGUGGCAGCGUCUGCGCUUCUGGAACUGCUCCGCCUUCUCGACCGACCUCCUCGAGGACUUGGGCUUCGGGCCAGACGCGAUGGCCGUGGCGUCUUCCGAUCCGUCCGUGGCCACCGCCCACCUCGUGCCGGGCGCGGCGCACGACGAUCCCGGCGCAACCGGCGUCUGCGGGACGGCCUCCAUCACCCCGGUGUCCGUGGGGAAGUUCACGCUGGAUGCCUCGGUUAAGCGCCCCUCGGGGCCACGGUCCAUCCUCGGCGCCGGGCCAGGGAGCCACCUGCGCGCGAGCGCCAGCAUGCGUGUGUACGCGCCGCUCGCGGCGUCCUUCGAAGCGGGCGCCACUGGCGCGGCGUCGUGGCCGACUCCCGCCCGCGCCGAGGUGAGCGUCUCGCCCUGUUCCUCCGCGACGCUGCGCCUGCGCGGCGGACCCGGGCCCUUGGAGGUCCCCGGCCGGGUGUUCCAGAAUUUGAGCGACCCGCUCGAGGGCACGCACGUGGCGCUGCGGAAGCUCGGCGACGGCGAAUUCGCCGUGCUG